GCUGAUAACAGCUAACCUUUCCUGAAGAUAGACUAUAUAUCGAUUCCGCACCAAGCCAAUCAGCGCGUUAUUCAAGUCACGUGUCAUACGCGGCAGCGGAGGUGCAGUAAUAUGGAUGCGUUUCUCUCUACACUGUUAGUGCUCGUACAUUUCUUAUGUAAGUUGUACAAUGCGAUCUGCGACGCGUGCAAUGCGGUGUAUCGAAGAUGCAUGUAUUCCUGGUGCGCGAACACGACGGCGGAGCUCGACAAGUUUAACAGUUUAACGAACAAGAUACCCAGGCACCUGAUGAUCAUAUUCGGACAUCUCAGAUUAUGUGACGAAUCUGUUCUGGACUGUGUGCGUAUAAUUGAAUGGUGCAUUUCACUUGAUAUAUCUUACAUCAGCUUCUUUGAUAGUAAUGGUUUCUUGAAGAAAAAUGAAUUUAUUCUUAAAGAAGAAUUCGCGAGAAAACGACCUGAUCUAAUAGAGUGUAUUACUUGGAAUCCACAUGCAAAGACACAUCAAAAUGGAGUAAUUGAAGGCAAGUCAAAAAUAAAUGUAUCAUUACUAUCGGAUGUAGACAAUAAAGGAAAAAUAGCAACAUUAACGCAGUCAUUAGCAAAAAUGGUGUCUUCGGGGAAUCUUGAUCAGGAAAAAAUUACGAUUGAACGAAUCACCGAAGAAUUACAAAUAAAAGGGAUGCCUGAUCCCGAUCUUGCUUUAAUACGUGAUUACUCUUGUUCCACGCAUGGUGUAUUACCAUGGCACACAAGAACGACAGAAUUUUUAAUGCUGCCGCUGUACGUUAAUAUUCCAGUGAAAGAUUUCACGUGUCUGUUGGAGAAGUAUAACAAAUGUGUACAACGGCAUGGUAAAUGACAUGUAAUUAUCCUUAUUUAUAUAAGAGAUAUCCCGUUGCAGUAAGAAGAAAUAAAUUAUCAUAAAAACUGAA